CAGCAAAAAAGGACGAGGGGGGCUGGGGAGCUAAGCAGAAGAGAAAGUUCAAGAGCCGAAGAGAAACCAGCCGACACACUUCGUCGUUCUUCUGUGUCUUCUUUCAAUAAUCAGGUUCAGGUUCAACGACAUGUCCAAACGAAAUCUACGACUAGAUGACAGAUCCCUGCCUGGCCCACUUGAAAACUUUACAGAAAAGGAUAAUGCCGACACUGAGGCAGCAGAUUCUGAGUCUGGUAAUCCUGAGCAGGAAACAAAUGACGAGUACUUAAAAGGGAGCAACAACGGUACAUCACCCACUUCAGGGCUCUCAGUGAAAAAGGAGUCAGAGAGCAAAGAAACACAAACAGACAACACAUAUGAGGUGUUGCGAGAUGAGGAACAGAAGAGGAGAAAGAUGGAAGAAAUUGCGUUCUUGAAACGUGAGAACAAAAGACUGACUCGACAGAAAAUAAGUGGCAUAUUCAUUUGGACGGCCUCUGUGGUGUCAGUGACUGCAGUGUUUGUUAUGCUGCACUUUAAUGUCAAAGGCUAUGAGGUGAAUUAUCCUAAGCUGAGACUGAUGCUGGUGGGUAAGACUGGAGCUGGGAAGAGCACGUCAGGAAACACCAUCCUGGGUGAAGAGGCUUUCAAAGUCGAUGUGUCUCCAGCCUCUGUGACUUUGGAUUGUGGCACUAUGAACAAAGUUGUGGGUGGAUGGAACAUCACCCUGAUUGACACCCCUGGGGUGAUGGAUACAUGGCCAACAUCAGAAGAAACAGCCCACAGAGCACAUAAAUGUAUCUCCAUGACGAGUCCUGGUCCUCAUGUGUUCCUGCUGGUGGUCAGAUUGGGAAGAUUCACAGAGGAGGAGAUGAACGCCAUGAAGUGGAUUCAGGAGAACUUUGGAGAAGAAGCUGUGAAGUUCACCAUGAUACUCUUCACCGGUGGAGAUCUGCUGAAUGGAAAACCCAUUGAGAAGUUUAUCAGUAACAGUUUAGAGCUUCAGAAUUUUGUAGACACCUGUGGAGGUAGAUAUCACGUCUUCAACAACCACGACAAAAGUAACCAAAGUCAAGUUAAAGAGUUGUUUAAAAAGAUAGAUCUAAUAUUACAUGAAAAUAUGGGCUACAUUCACUUACACCAGGUCUACCAGAAAGUCCAGCAAAACACCAUAGAAGAAAAGCAGGAUAAGCAAGAUAAGCUGAAGGAGAUGGCAGUUAAAUUGAGAGAUGAGCAGAAUGAAAACAUAAAAUGUGUUGCAGAGCUAGAAAAGGCCUCUAAUAUAAUCAUCAUAUUACAGGUUGCAGUUGCUGCCUUAGUAGCUCUCUGUGUGGGAUUGUGUUGUAAGAAGGCAAAAUAGCUGAGCCUUCAGGAGAACAUGUCCAACACGGGGUCUGCAGACCUUUUUAUAACUAAAUAAACUAAAAUAUUCACGCCCCGUCCCAUUUCUUCAUUUUACCCCUACCCCUUGUUUUCAAACGUCACCCUAAACCCUUGGAACUGAGUUAAAAGGCAUCAUAAGCCUUCAAGGAGGGGGGCAAGUAUUUAUUAUCACCCACCCCUGAUUCUUCAGUGAUACGAAGCUAAAGUCAGCUAUUCUUGCUAGAAUUUUCCUGUUCCACCUUAAGAGGUGCAGCAGUUACAUUCUGGCGCUUUAGGCAU